GAUCGCUCGCCACUGCAUCUCAGUACUGAGAACAAAUACGAAAAGACAAUGUCGAUCUCUCCUUAUUUCUUCGACUAUGAUUUGCCGCGGCGCUGGCCCCGUCGCCUCCUUGAACAGAAUUUCGGCCACACGCUAUCACCUGAAGACAUCUUCGCUACCAGCCCGGUCGUGCCGAGACUCAAUAGAUUUUGGUGGCCACAAGACUCCAGCACGAUUAAAGUAGACAGUGACAAGUGGUCCAUAAACAUCGAUGUUCAACACUUCGCACCGGACGAAAUAACAGUAAAGACAGUUGAUGGUUUUAUUGUGGUCGAGGGUAAACAUGAAGAGAAGCAAGACGAACAUGGGUACGUGUCACGGCAUUUUGUAAGACGCUUCAAGUUACCUGAGGAAAUAAAUGUUGACGCGAUAGUAAGCAGGCUUUCCUCCGAUGGUGUGUUAAGUGUGUUAGCCCCAAAAAAAGAAGAAACACAGAAGGGUGAAAGGUCUGUUCCUAUCACACAUACUGGUCCAGUGAGAAAGGAUGUAAAAGAAGAUACAAAGGAAGAAAAGAAGGAAUAAUUUAUUUUUACAUAGUUUAAGAAAUUUUUUAACAUGCCGAGAUGUAUGUAAUGAACACACAGCGUCCGAUCAGUUUUGUGAGUAAAAUAAUUGUAAAAUUGUGAAUUCUCUAAAUAUUAUGACCAUCCUGAGUCAGGUUAUUGUGAGUAUACACAAUAUGGAAGUCACAAACAAGACUGUUUUUUUAUUUACAAAAUUAUUAGUAUGUUUUUUGUAUUUUAAUGGUAAUGGAAAUAUGUCCAUAUCUAACUUGUUGGAAUUAAAGUUUGAUAAUCUUAAAGAACGUUUUUACUUUUGAGUGUUUCUUUGAUUAUUAUGAGUUUGUUCUUGGGAAUUAUAAAAAGAUAUGAGAAAUUAAAUUAUAAUGACGGUAUUCUAAACCUAAAUACAUUUUAGUAAAUAUCUUAGGAGGUAAUAUUGUCCUAAGUAACUUUCGGCGCUCUAACAAAAUAGUGCUUAAAUCAAGUGCGCAUUUAUAAUAAUUUAUUUCAUGAAAACUAUAUUAAUAUACACUUAAGAGCCUGAGCUUCCCAAUUGAAGUGGUUUCAUUACUUUAAGAGGAACAAAUAUAUUUUAUGACGUGACAAAUAAAAAAUUACACACGGUCA